AUGCUCUACCUCCACGUCGGCCAGGCUGGCAACGAGGUCGGCUCGGCCUUCUGGCGCCUCGCCGCAUCGGAAGGUCCGCCGGCCGGCCGCGUCUUUGACGAGAAGGGCCGCUGCCGUGCCGUCUUUGUCGACACCGAGCCAAAGGCGUGCGACGGCUGCCCGGGAGUGAUGCUCGCUCAUUCCCUGGGCGGCGGCACCGGCUCCGGCCUAGGCUCGCGGCUCGUGCAGGAGCUGCGCGACGAGCACCCGCGCGCCUACCUCCUCGCCUCGUCCAUCGCGCCCUUCGGGGCGGGCGAGCUUCCUCUCGCCGCCUACAACGGCACGCUCGCCCUCGCCACGCUGCAAGAGCACUCCGACGCGGUCUUGCUCUUCGACAACGCCUCGCUGAUGAGCCGGCUGCGCGACACCGCCGCCGCCGCCGCCGCCGCCGCCGGCCCGCGAGCCGCCGCCGCCCUCUCCUCUGGCUCUUCCGGCCGGCUCUGCCUGCGGCAGAUCGACGACCACGUGGCGGCCUGCCUCUGCGGCCUGGCUCUCCCCGCCGAUUAUGGCGGCGCGGCGCGGCCGCAGCCCUUCCUCCCGGGGCAGCUCGUCGCUGCCGUCGCGCCGCUGGCACGCUACAAGCUGCUCGAGCUCUCCACGGCACGCGGACCGCAGGCGGCACCGCCCCCCUCCGCCGCGCCGCCUCCUCCGGCCACGGCAGCAUCGCCGCACUUGCCGCCUCCGCCGCCGCCGCCGCGGGGCGCCCGCCGGCCGGUGAACUGGAGCACGCUCGGCGACGAGCUGGCCGAGCAGCUGCCUCGCUUCGACCUGCAGCAGCGCCCAGCGCUCGCCCUCGCGCGCGGCGCGGGCAACGAGGCCGUCACUGACCGCGACCGCUCCCGCCUCUGCAAGCAGCUCGGCCCCUCCGCCGGCGCCGGCACCGCGUGUGGCCAGACCGUCGAAUGGUGGGAGGGGACGUCGGCCGCGUGCGCUCUUCCGGGCACGGGCGCACCGCGCACGCUCACCCUCGCCGCAAACCGCACCGCCGGCGCGGCUCACGUGGGUCAGCUGGCGCUGCGGGCGGAGCUCAUGCUACUGCGCCGCGCGUAUGCGCAUCACUACGACGAGUACGGCGUCGGCCUCGAGGAGAUGCAGCAGGCC